CGAAGCAAAAAGUAAGCAAAGACAUCUGUGACAUAUGACAACAGGCAGAGAUUAGCACGUGAUGGAACAAAUUAAAAGCAAAGCAACCAGGAACUCACAGACGCUGAUCAUCGCCUACGCUACAGACCACCAGAAGUGCAGCUUACCGAGAGUGCACAGGUCAUGAUGCUCGGGGGCUUGCUGUUUGCUGUGUGUUGUAGCACAGCACUGGCACAUUUCAACACAAAUCUAGACCAGCACUGGGAGUUGUGGAAGAAGACACAUACUAAGUUUUACUCCAGUAAGGUUGAAGAACUGGGCAGGAGGGAGUUAUGGGAGAGAAACCUUCAACUUAUCACUCUUCACAACCUGGAGGCCUCCAUGGGCCUGCAUUCAUAUGAUCUGGGCAUGAACCACAUGGGUGAUAUGACAACAGAGGAGAUCCUGCAGUCAUUUGCCACGACUCGUGUCCCUUCUGACAUUAAGAGGCAAACAGCAAAAUUUGUGGGCUCUUCUGGGGCUCCUGUCCCAGACUCUCUGGACUGGAGAGAGAAGGGAUAUGUCACCAGUGUAAAGAUGCAGGGUGCAUGCGGCUCAUGUUGGGCGUUCAGCUCUGUUGGGGCUCUUGAAGGUCAGCUGAUGAAGACCACAGGAAAGCUGGUCGACCUCAGCCCUCAGAAUCUGGUGGACUGUUCUUCUAGUUAUGGAAACAAAGGCUGCAAUGGAGGUUUUAUGAGUUCUGCCUUCCAGUAUGUUAUUGAUAAUGGUGGAAUAGACUCCGAGUCAUCUUACCCUUAUGAAGGAGUGCAAGGGCAGUGCAGAUACAAUCCAUCCCAGCAUGCAGCAAACUGCACCAAGUACUAUUUUGUCAGUCAGGGAGAUGAGGAGGCCCUGAAGCAGGCUGUUGCUAACAUCGGGCCCAUUUCAGUGGCCAUUGAUGCCACCCGUCCUCAGUUUAUCCUGUACCGCAGUGGAGUUUACAAUGACCCAACCUGUACACAAAAAGUAAACCAUGCAGUGCUGGCUGUGGGAUACGGUGCGAUUGGUGGACAGGACUUUUGGCUGGUGAAAAACAGUUGGGGUACCCAUUUUGGAGAUGGUGGCUAUAUCCGUAUGGCCAGAAACCAGAACAACAUGUGUGGCAUCGCCUCAUAUGCCUGCUUUCCCGUUAUGUAACUGAAAUGUAUGAACACUUCAAAAAUAGAAAUGUACUUUUUUAUGAUUUUUAUAUAUUUUAAUGUAAAUGUGUGAUCUGUGUUUUUACAUUUCCAUUGUCUUUUAUGAAGCUUACUGAAAUAAAUGUUAAAAAUGUUAAAAAAA